GUUGUCAGAAUAAAGCCGCCAUUAGCGGUUUUGCCUCUCUUCCUCGCUUCCUUCCUGAUCGACUCGACUUCUCUGCACGGUCGAUGCGAGUGCGACUGCGUGGGGAAGAGCUAGCGCACGACUCGGUUUGUUUUCCUCUGAUUGGUCAAAUUAGAAGCAAGGCGUGGUUCUUGAACCCCUGGCUUUUUUACGAGAAGAAAUCGCGUCGCCUCAUUCAUAGAGCCGAAAUUCCCCUUGUUCUUUCCCUAAGGUUAGCAGUCGAACAUUCUUCGCACGAAGAGCCGUAGAGAGAAUGACGAAAAUGGGCGAGUCUGGGUAAUUCUGACAGCCACUCGGAGAUCUUUUGCUUUGAAACAGCUACGCUCCUGGUUGACGGCCCAUGGCGAGCUCCGUUCCGUGAAAUCCGCUUCGUUCAGAUACUCGUUAUUUCCAGCACUGUCAUAGCAUCCAGCAUCGCGGUAGCUCGUUCAUCCCUUUGGGUCGUCACUUAGCUUCGGAAGUCCCAGCCCAGGUUCGGAAGUUGCGCAGAACCAACUUCAAUUCAGGAGGUCGUCUAAUCACCCAGUUCUGAAGAAUCUUGAGAAACUUCCCUAAGGAGCGGAGAGGAUCGUGACGCCAUGCUAGGAAGUCUUUAAUUACCCGGAUCUGGAGGAGGUGGCGAAUAAGGAGAGGGGGUCGCUGAAUAAGCUCCUUUUGCGCGGUAUUCGUCCGCGAAGUGCGGGGAUCUUUCUUGAUAUUCCAACCAGGAGAUACUUCACGCGAAGAAUUUCAAGAUGGAUUCCCUGAGGGCGGGAGCCCACGUGAUGACGUCAUCUCUUCUCUACACCAUCUCGUCCGGUCCCUCUUUCUCGUCCGACUUUUGGCCUUCCUUCUGCGGACCACACGACCCCUACUCCCAACACUGCCUCACCGCCUCGCUCCUUUCCCCCCCCCCUCCUCCCCUCCUCUCUCCUCCACCUCACCCACCCACCUCCUCCUCCCCUCCCAGUACCCCCCUCUCCCCCACCCCUCCCCCUCUCCGCUCUCUAACAUCACUCUUCCCACAGUCACAUGGCCCCAGAUAGAGCGCCUAGCAGCAGUGGAAACCAGCCCGGGGUUCCUGCCUCCCUGGCUGGUGUACCUCCCGGUCUCCCCAUGCCUGCAGCACGCCUCCUUCCUCCUCUUCUCCGCGUUUUUCAUCGUCUGCACUCUUUCCCACCUCCUCAUCCUCCCGAAACCCAAACCCACACACCCCCCGAGCCGCUCUCCUUCCGCUCCUUCCUCCUCCUCUUCCUCCACCUCUUCCGCUCCUCCCGCCUCUUCUGCCUCUGCCUCUUCCUCCUCCGUUAACCCUUCCCCCUCCGCCUUAUCCUCCUCUCGAGUACCAAGCUUGAGGACGACAACCGAAGAGGCUGAAGAACCAGAUGUUACCACAGCAGCAGAGGCACACUGGGAAGCAGGGGCAGGGCACUGGCUCUCUCUCUUCCUCUCCCUCCUCCUCUCCGUCUCCUGGGCGAUUCUGAUUCUCUCCGGGCUCCUAUCCACUCUCAUAUACCCCGCUGCUGGCAGCAAGCACAGGGCGUAUCCACACGACCUGGCCUAUGCAGCCGGCCAGGUGGUAACCUGGUUACUAGCGCUCUGCGUGUUACUGCUGUACGGCAAGCGAAGGGACAGAAGCCUCGUGGGUUCGGCUAGGGUUUGGCUGUUUGCCAAUGCCGGUGCGGUGCUGCUGCUUUCUGCUGGUGUGGCGCUAAGGUUUGGCUCCCCUGGAGGGUUGAGGACAGUAGUAGGAAGUGCAGAAGUGGAGGGUACAGCACACAAAGGUGCCUUUGGGGAUGAGGCGUCUGCUUUAGAUAGCACAGGGGCCUUUGGAGUGUGGAGCGAUUUUCUCACACUAGUUACCCUCCCAGUGGCUCUUUUCUUUGGGGUGAUUGCGGUCAACGGACGUCCGGGAUGGGCUUUGCCUGGGGCGCAAUCUCAGCCGUCGGAUGUAGAAUCUAUCGAAGAUGGGUUGCGGACGCCGUUGCUGAGCGGUGCAGGAGCAACCAGAGAAGGCCACGUGGCAGAGAAGCCUAAGAAGCAGCAUCGGAAAUCGAUUCUCUCUAGAGAGUCAGUAGGGGGUUCAGGAGAAGCAGAGGAGGGGGGGAAUCGGCGGCGUUCACACUUGGAACAGUUGAAAGAUGAGGAGGAGGAAGAGAGGAAUCCGCAGCAGCAGCAGGAGCCCCCUGUGACCCUCUAUGCCUCUGCUGAUUGGCUCUCAGCGCUCACGUUCGGGUGGGUCUCGCCGUUCCUGGAGGCAGGCUCGGAGAAGACCGUGGCUGUAGAGGACGUGCCGAGCCUAAGGGCGUGCGACCGCGCCGAAGCUAACUUCCGAUCCUUCGAUGCGAGCUGGGCGAGGCAGAUUGCUGCGGCCGAAGCUACCGAAGCUGCGGCAGCAGAUAGGGACAGAGGAACAGGCUCCAUUGUCAGUCUCCCUUGCUCACUCGCUCAGGCGUUCUCUUGUGAAAACCUUUGCUUGGUUCUCUAUCGAUGCGCCUCCGCCCUUUCCUCCUGCAUUCUAUACGCCAAAUCCUCCCUCUCCUCGCUGUUUAGCUCACCUUACGCAGACUGCAAGGCAGAGGGGACUGUAGAGAAGGGGGAGCAGGAGGGGGAGGGGGAGGAGCAGAGCAACCCCAAGGCGACGGUAACCAGGGCUCUCUGGGAGUGUUUCUGGCGGCCGCUGGUGCUGACAGGUGCCCUGGCGCUGGGCAAGACGGGGGUGAUGUAUGCCGGGCCGCUGCUGCUCAACAGCUUUGUGGCGUUCGCUGCGGGGGAGAGGGCGAUCCCAGGGGAGGGCGUGCUGCUCGUGCUGGCCCUGUUUCUUUCCAAGGCAUCAGAAAUCGUGCUGGAGCACCAGUUCAACUUCAGAUCAGAGGUGCUUGGGCUGGAUAUCAAAGCAGCCCUGGUUGGCGCUCUCUACCGCAAGGGGCUGCGGCUGUCGAGCAAAGCGAAGCAGAGACACACGAUAGGGGAGAUCGUCAACUACAUGUCCACGGAUGCACAGCGCCUGGCCGACCUCAUGUGGGAGCUGCACAACAUCUGGGUGCUGCCGCUGCAGAUCGUCUGCGCUCUUGUCAUCCUCUUCAAUGUUGUUGGCAUCAGCAUGCUCGCAGGACUGGGCGUGAUGUUAGCAGUGAUGCUCGCCAACCUAGCAGUGGCCUCAGGAAUCCACCGGUUCAUCACGGCAAUAAUGUCCGCAAAGGACGCGCGCAUGAAAGCCACCUCUGAGGCCCUCUCCUCAAUGAAGAUCAUCAAGCUCUACGCCUGGCAGCAGCACUUCCAGGCGAAAAUUCAGUCCCUUAGGGACUCCGAAGCCUCCUGGCUGGUCAGAUUCAUGGCAUACGCAGCAGUCAACAUCUUCCUCCUCUGGCUCACCCCGCUCGCCGUCUCCGUCGCGACGUUUGGCACGAUGAUCGCCCUCGGGGUGCCGCUGACCCCCGGGUCGGUGUUCACUGCGAUCGCGACGUUUCGGAUUCUCCAGGAGCCGUUGAGGUCGUUCCCCUCGGUGAUCAGCGCGGUGACUCAAGCUAUGGUCUCGCUGAAGAGGCUGUCGAGGUUCCUGUCGGAUGAGGAGCUGCAGUGGGAUGCGGUGGAGAGCGUUGGGAGGGGGGAAGGAGGGGAUGGGGAGGGGGGCGAGGGACUGGUGAGGGGUGGUGAGAGAUUGAAUGGGGGUGAUUCUGGAGUUGGACUUGGAAGCGGCCAGCAGCAGGGGGGGGAGAAGGAGGGGGAGAGGGAGGGGGAGAGGGAGGGGGAGAGGGAGGGGGAGAAGGAGGGGGAGAGGGAGGGGGAGAAGGAGGGGGAGAGGGAGGGUGAGAAGGAGGGGGAGAGGGAGGGGGAGAAGGAGGGGAAGAGGGAGGGGGAGAAGGGGAAGGGGGAGGUGGAGAGUGAGAAUGGGGGGAGGGAGGAGUCUUCGGGGAGGGGGAAGGAGGAGCAAGAGGAGGGGGAGAGGCAGAAGCAGGGAGAGGUGGGGCCGGACGUGGUGGUUCGGAUUGAGAGGGCUACGUUCAGCUGGGAUGCAGACCCACAGAAGCCCACGUUGACUGACGUUGACCUGGAGAUUAGGCGGGGAAUGAGAGUGGCCGUCUGUGGGACCGUGGGGGCGGGCAAAUCCUCCCUGCUGUCGUGCAUCCUGGGGGAGGUGCCAAAGCUGCAAGGGAAGGUGUUUGUUGCGGGCCCCACAGCCUACGUCCCCCAGUCCGCGUGGAUCCAGAACGCCACCAUUCGGGACAAUAUUUUGUUCGGCCAACCACUAGACCGCCCGCGCUACCAGGCGACCCUGCAGCAGUGCGCGCUGGUGGCUGAUCUGCGGCUGUUCCCCCGGGGGGACGAGACGCAGAUAGGAGAGCGAGGGGUGAACCUGUCGGGCGGCCAGAAGCAGCGCAUCCAGCUGGCCAGGGCGAUGUACGCCGGGGUGGGGAUGGGUGCAGAGGUUUAUCUGCUGGACGAUCCCUUCAGUGCCGUGGACGCCCACACGGGAUCAGAGCUCUUCAUGGAGUUCGUGCUCAAGGGCCUGGCUGGCAGGUCUGUCAUCCUGGUGACGCACCAAGUGGAGUUCCUUCCCGCUGCUGACCUCAUCCUGGUGAUGAAGGAAGGGCGCAUAGUGCAGGCAGGAAGAUACGACCAGCUGCUGGCAGAGGGCACUGACUUCUCUGCCCUGGUGGAAGCACACACGGACGCGCUGGAGAGUGUUGGAACAGCCACUGCCGCUGCUGCUACAACUGCUGCCGCUGCCGUUGCUGCUGCUGCCGAUGCAGCAGCUGCUGCUUCAGCUUCUUCCUCUGCUCCUGCUCCGGCUGCUGCUGCUGCUGCUCCUGCUGCUCCUGCUGCUGCUGCUACUGCUGCUGCUGCUGCUGCUGCUGCUGGUGCCUCACAUGCUGCUUCUGAACUUCCCCCCUCCUCCUCAUCCACUCCUCUCCUCCCCAAGCAACCCACCGAUUCCCUCCCCAGCAGACCUCCCCCCCAUCCACAGCUUCGGAAACCCUCCGACCCGAACCUGCGAAAACGCUCGGCACCGAACCUGCUGCGCAAGGCCUCGCAUGCGCAGCUUCGGAAGGCGUCCGAUCCCAUGCUCCUGCACACAGCAUCCCCAGAGUCCCACCAGAUCCUAGAUAACAUGGACAUAGGGGACUUGGGUGGGAAUUCUGUUGGUGUUUCCGGUGCUGCUGGUGCUGGUGGUGGUGCUUUUGGGGGGGCUAUAGGGGAGGAUGGGGAUGGGCAGUUGAUUAGUGACGAGGAGAGGGAGUCCGGGCGGGUUUCCUUGUCCGUAUACUGGCAGUACAUGACGAAGGCGCUGGGCGGCUGGCACGUGCCGCUGCUGCUGCUGGUCCAGCUGGCGUGGCAGGCGCUGCAGAUCGGAUCUGACUGGUGGCUCGCCACGUACAGCUCAGCAGACUCGGGAAACAGCUCAGCAGGGGCAGGCUACACGUCAGCAGGAACGGGGUACACGUCAGCAGGGGCUGAAUACAGCUCUGCAGCGGCCGGGUUAAGUAGCAGUGUUCUGAGCAACCUCACCUCUGCUCUCUCCUCUCCUUUCGCCUCUAAUCUCUCCUCCUCCCUCACCCCAUCCCUCUCCUCCCCCUCCUCCUCCUCUCUCUCCUCCUCUUUCUCCUCCUCCCUUUCAUUCCUUACCCCCUCAACCAUCACCCCUUCGGCCUUCAUGAGGCUGUACUCGUUAUUAGCUCUGGGCAGCGGCGUGUUUGUGCUUUUAAGAACAGCCGUCAUAUCGUGGGCCGGGGUGCUGACCACGCAGGCGUUCUUCAGAGGCAUGCUGCAGUCCGUCUUCCGCGCCCCCAUGGCGUUCUUUGACUCAACACCUAUCGGAAGGAUCUUAUCGAGGGCCUCCACAGACCAGAGCGCCCUGGACUUGGACCUGCCAUUCGAGUUCGGGUCUCUCCUCGCCAUGCUGUUCCAGCUGCUGGGCAUCCUCUUCGUCACCUCCAUCAUCACAUGGCCGGUGUUCUACGCCAUCAUCCCCCUGGCGUACCUCUACUUCUCCUUCCAGGAGUACUACCUGACAACAUCUAGGGAGCUUUCCCGCCUGAAUGGCGUCACCAAGGCACCCAUCAUCGAACAUUUCAGCGAGUCCCUGUCAGGGGCAGCGGUCAUCCGCGCAUUCGCCCAGCAGCCCCGCUUCGCUCAUAAGAACGCCGAGAGGGUCGACACCAACAACCGAGUGGCCUUCCACUAUGGCGCCUGCACCGUGUGGCUGGGCGUUCAUUUGGAGCUAUUGGGAGCUCUGCUGCUCUGUUUCUCGGCGCUCAUGCUCGUAUGGCUGCCUCCCUCGGUCAUUUCGCCAGGCCUGGCCGGCAUGUCUCUCUCCUACGGCCUCGCCCUCUCUCAAGGCCUCUUCUACGUGGUCUGGAUCUGGUGCGCGCUCGAGAACCAGAUGGUCUCAGUCGAGCGCAUCCUUCAGUUCUCCCACCCAAACGUCCCUCCUGAGGCCCCCCUCACAAUCCCGGCCCACCGCCCCCCCUCCUCCUGGCCCUCCCUCGGCGCCAUCACCUUCGAAAACCUUCAAAUUCGGUACCGGCCAGACCUCCCCUUGGUCCUCAAAGGCGUGUCUCUGCAGAUCGACGGUGGGGAGAAGGUGGGGGUGGUGGGGCGCACCGGCAGUGGAAAAUCAACGCUUGUCGUGGCGUUGUUUCGGCUGGUCGAGCCGACCGCCGGCCGGGUGGUGAUCGAUGGGGUGGAUACGAGUAGGAUCGGUUUGACGGACCUGAGGAGCAGGCUUGCGAUCAUACCGCAAGACCCGACCCUGUUUCAAGGGUCAGUUCGGAUGAAUGUGGAUCCGGCUGGAGAGUACAGCGAUGGGGAGAUCUGGGAGGCGCUGGACAGGUGCCAACUGGGGGAGGUGGUUCGCGGCAUGGAGGAGAAGCUCGAGGCGCAAGUGGUGGAAGGUGGGGAGAACUGGAGUGUGGGGCAGAGGCAGCUCUUCUGCCUGGGGCGGGCCCUGCUGAAGCGCACUCGCAUCCUGGUGCUCGAUGAAGCGACAGCGUCCGUUGAUUCGGCGACCGACGCCGUGAUCCAACGGACGAUAAAGGAGAGCUUUGGCGACGCCACAAUCAUCAGCAUCGCCCAUCGGAUCGCCACAGUCAUUGACAGCAGUAAAGUGGUGGUCAUGGAGCAAGGCACUGUAGCUGAGUGUGACAAGCCAGCCAGGCUCCUAGAGGACAAGGCGUCCAUGUUUUCACGCCUUGUAGCUGAAUACUCUGCUCGCUCCACUGACAUGGCGGAUGUUGCAAGGAGCAUGUCCAUAGAUAAUCUGGAAGCAGUGGGUAGAGAGUCAUCCACAUCAUGACACAACUCUUCAGAAAUGCUUGCCGAAUCAUGCGUCUUACCCUCAUGUAUUGAGGUACGGUACAUGUUACUCGCUCUGCAUCCCGUUUCGCGGACCCGUGACUUGCGUUGAUCAGCAACACAAGUGUAACAUUAUUUCAUUAAUGGCUUGGAAUGGAAUGGAACCCUUACACA